GACUGAUAUUUUCGGAGCCACCUUUAAAGUUCUUCCUUUUUCUCAUUCGAGUGCUAUAUCGCAUAUCUUAUCUAUGUCCCUCAUCAAAACAACGGGGCCAGCUUCGAAGUAUUCAAGGUAAACCUCACUUUAAUGGAUACCAAAAUGGAACCCCAGUUGUCAAGUAAUGGAGUUUCUCAUCACUACCACGUUGAUGGGUCUCCAUCGGAACUCGGAUAUGGACAUUACGGGUGCUCACACUAUAAAAGGAGAUGCAAGAUCAUAGCGCCCUGUUGCAAUGAAACUUUCCAUUGCAGACAUUGCCAUAACGAAUCUAAGAAUUCGAUUGAAGUUGAUCCUGUUGACCGGCAUGAUAUUCCUCGACAUGAUGUGAAGAGAGUCAUCUGCUGCUUGUGUAACACUGAGCAAGAUGUUCAACAGAUGUGCAUUCACUGUGGUGUUUGCAUGGGGAGAUACUUCUGCUCCAAAUGCAAGUUUUUCGAUGACGAUGUAUCAAAAAAUCAAUACCAUUGUGAUGAAUGUGGUAUCUGCAGAAUUGGAGGUCAAGAGAACUUUUUCCACUGUAACAAAUGUGGAUGUUGUUAUUCGUCAAUGUUGAAGGAUUCACACCACUGUAUUGAAAAAGCAAUGCAUCACAAUUGCCCAGUUUGCUUUGAGUUUCUUUUUGAUACAACGAAAGACAUUACUGUAUUGCCAUGUGGUCACACCAUACAUUUGGGAUGUGUGAAAGAAAUGGAACAGCAUUUCCAAUAUUCAUGCCCUGUUUGUUCAAAGUCCUUUUGUGAUAUGUCACGUGUGUGGGAGAAACUGGAUGAGGAGGUUGCAUCAACGCCUAUGCCUGAAAUGUAUCAAAAUAAGAUGGUUUGGAUUCUUUGCAAUGACUGCGGAGAAACAUCUGAAGUAAGUUUUCAUAUUGUGGCGCACAAGUGCCUUAAAUGCAAAUCCUACAACACGAGAAAGACGCAAGCUGCCUCUGCUUCAUGCUCAUCGAGGAUUGAAGAGAUGGUUAGAUGAUUGAUUUUAUUAUCAAGAUGCUUGUUUGAAACUGUUGUUGAAUAUCAAUUUUAUUAUCUUCACGUUGGAAUAAAAGCAAUCAUGCCUAAAAAAAAAAAAAGCAAUCGUGCCUGAUUACUUCGUUAAGCUCACCCUUGGACAGAUGGUAAUUGCUUUAUACAAUAA